AUGCAGGCUGCUAUGUCCAAUGGCACAUUGACGUCAGUGCAGCUGUGUCUAUGUUAUCUUCAAAGGACACUUCAGACAAAUAGCUACAUCAGCUCGUUACUACAAUUCAACCCUGAGAUGUUGUCUAUCGCAGCUCAACUUGAUGCAGAGCGGCAGGCAGGGAAGGUCCGAGGCGUUUUACAUGGUAUCCCAUUUACCAUGAAAGACAACGUCGGUACACGGGACAACAUGGAGACCACGGCGGGCUGUCCGGCACUCCUAGGAAGCAUCGUUCCACGGGAUGCCCACGUAAUUGCUCAACUUCGAGCUGCGGGGGCAGUGGUAUUUGGUAAAGCAGCGCUGAGUGAGUGGGCUGAUAUGCGUAGCAGCAAUUACUCUGAGGGCUACUCACCUCGUGGCGGACAAGUCAGGAGCGCUUACAAUCUCACUGUAAAUCCUGGUGGUAGCAGCUCUGGCUCGGCUGCAGGUGUGGCGGCAAAUGCUAUAGCAAUCAGUAUAGGUACCGAAACAGACGGCAGUGUGAUCAACCCAGCAGAGAGAAAUGCAUUAGUCGGCUUCAAGCCCAGUGUAGGUCUGACCUCGCGAGCAGGAGUUGUACCCGAGUCUGAGCACCAGGAUUCUGUGGGCACCUUUGGUAGGACUGUCAGCGAUGCUGUUCAUGUUCUGGAUGCUAUCUAUGGUCCUGAUCCACGAGACAAUUACAGCCUAGCUCAGGUUGGACAUACACCUGAAAAGUCUGACGGUGGAUAUGCUCAAUACUUGGCCACAUCAUCCGCUCUUGUCAAUGCCACCUUUGGCCUGCCCUGGCUAUCGUUCUGGCAAUAUUGCGACGAGCAGCAACUUACAACACUCAUCUCGCUCAUUGGGCACCUUGAAUCUCUUGGAGCGACUAUCAUUAACAACACUGAAAUCUUGGACUACGAAACAAUCGUCAGCCCAAAUGGUUGGAACUGGGACUAUGGUACUACCCGUGGCUACCCAAAUGAAUCUGAGUUCACUGUUGUCAAGGUCGAUUUCUACAACAAUAUAGCCACAUAUCUUUCUGAGCUAAACAACACAAAUAUUCGAUCUUUGCAAGACAUCGUGGACUACAACUAUGCCAACGAUGCAACUGAGGGUGGAUAUCCUUAUACAAUUACAGACGAGAACGACACGAGCGUACCCACUGGCCAGGGUAUCCCACAAUUCUGGUCAGGGCAGGAUAGCUUCUUGGCAUCACUCAAUACUUCUGGUAUCCAGGAUGAGACAUACUUUCAAGCACUAGACUUCACUCAAACCAGCACAAAGACAGGCAUCGAUCACGCACUUACAGCUUAUUCUUCGUCUCCUCUGUCAGGGCUCCUUGUCCCACCUGAUGUUGGUCAGACCUACCAAAUUGCAGCUCAGGCACAGUACCCUAUGAUUACAAUACCAGCUGGUUAUAGAACCAACGGCAUGCCUUUCGGGAUUGCGCUCAUGCAAUCCAUGUGGCAAGAGGCAGAGCUGGUACGGUGGGGCAGUGCAAUUGAGGAUGCGAUACGUGGUACAGGAUUUGGAAGAAGAAGACCAGACUGGAGAGACUACCAGAGUAAGAAUCUGAUAUCCUUCUAUACUGCCGAGUAUUAG